AUGGGCCGCCGCCGCCUGCCGGUCUGGCUGUGCGCCGUCGCGGCGCUGCUCUCGGGGACGCAGGCCAGAGGCACCCCGUUCCCCGCGCGGCCCGCGCCGCCCGGCGCCCCCCGCUACAGCCUCUACGCGCCGGGAUGGCGCCCGCGGCCGCGCCCGGGGCCGCACAAGGCCCUCUGUGCCUACGUGGUACACAGGAACGUGACCUGUGUCCUACAGGAGGGAACGGAGAGCUACAUAAAGGCCGAGUACCGGCAGUGUGGAUGGGGGCCCAAGUGCCCUGGGACAGUCACGUACCGCACAGUGCUCAGACCCAAAUACAAGGUCGGCUACAAGACAGUGACAGAUCUCGCCUGGCGUUGCUGCCCGGGCCUUGCUGGAGAAGGCUGCCCUGAGCAUCUCACGGACCACGGGGUGACCCCACCCCAGCUGGAGCCUGAGCCCCAGAUUCCGUCAGGACAGCUGGACCCAGGCCCCAGGCCCGCUCCUUCUAGCAGAAUGCUUCCCAGCCCCCACGGAAGGAGAGGCCCGGGGCUGAUAGGUGAGCGGCUGGAACGCCUGGAGGGUGAUGUCCAGCGCCUGGCACAAGCAUAUGGUGCCCUCAGUGGCCUGGUGGCCAGCCAUGAAGACCCCAACAGGAUGACGGGUAGCCCCAGGGCUCCUGCUACCCCUGUAGGCUUCGGAGGCAUCCCAGAGGGGUUUGUGCACCCUGGAGACAGGGCUGGAGGGCCACUUACACCUCCUCUGGAUGAGAUCUUGAGCAAGGUGACAGAGGUGAGCGACACACUCCAGACCAAGGUGCAGCUGCUGAACGAGGUGCACGGGCUGGCCCUGGACCACGAGGCCCACCUGCAGCGACUGCGGAAGGCUCCCCCAUCUCCACUCACCUCCCUGGCACUGCUGGAUGAAUACGUGGACCAGCGGCUGCACAGACUCUGGGGGAGCCUCCUGGAUGGCUUCGAGCAGAAGCUGCAAGAUGUGCAGAGUGUGUGUGACCUGCGUGUGCAAGAGGUGCGGCAGCAGUGUGAGGAGGGCCAGGCGGCCAGCCGGAGGCUGCACCAGAGCCUGGAUGGCCGGGAGCUGGCCCUGCGCCGGGAGCUGUCCCAGCUGGGUAGCCAGCUGCAGGGCCUGAGCGUGGCUGGCGGGGGCAGCUGCUGCAGCCAGGUGGCCUUGAUCAGUGCCCGCGUGGACAGCCUGGAAAGGAACCUGCAGGCUGUUGAGACACAAAGGGGUCACGGCCCCCCCACCAGCGAUGAGCUCACACAACUUUCCGCCGCCAUGCUAGACGGGGGUGUGGAUGGACUGCUCGAAGGCCUGGAGACCCUCAAUGGGACGGAGAGUCGGGGGAGGGGCUGCUGCCUGGGGGUGGAGGAAGAGGGGUGGGGAGUGGGCGGCUUCACAACCACAUUGGAAGAGCGCGUGCAGAACCUAGAGGAACGCUUGGUGACACUGGCCAGGGAGCUGGACCUUGACAGCACCCCCCCAGGCGGGGCAGCAGGGCCCCUUGUGCAGACAGAGCUGGCCAUCUUGGAACAACGGCUCGUUUCCCUGGAGACCUCGUGCACUCCCAGCACCACCUCAGCCGUUCUGGACAAUCUCGUGGCAGAGGUGAAGGCCUGGCAGGGCCGGAGCGAAGCGCUCUUACGCCAGGUGGCCAGCCACACCACCCUGCUCCAGCAGCUGAACGGCACCAUGGCUGAGGUCCAGGGACAGCUGGCAGAAGCGACAGGCAGUGCACUCCAAGGCGAGAUCACCCUGCUCAAGGUCAAUCUGAACUCGGUAAGCAAGUCACUCACGGGCCUCAGUGACUCUGUCAGCCAGUAUUCUGAUGCCUUCCUGGCCGCCAACACAUCCCUGGAUGAGCGGGAACGCAAGGUGGAGGCCGAGGUCCAUGCCAUCCAGGAGCAGGUCAGCAGCCAGGGCUCGAGGCUCCGGGCUGGCAGCAGGCAGGUCCUGAGCCUGCGGGGGGAGCUGGAGCAGCUCAAGGCUGGUGUGGCCAGUGUGGCCGGAGGGCUAAGCCGCUGCCAGGACACAGCCGAGGAACUCCAGCAUGUGGUGGGCCACUUUGACCAGAGGGUGGCACAGGUGGAGGGUGUGUGCGGGAGGCUGGGCCUGCUGGCUGAGGGCCUGGACAGCUUGCCCAUGGAGUCACCGAGGCCCAGGGAUGGCUUGUGGGGCCAUGUGGACCAGCUGAAUCGCACGCUGGCCCAGCAUGCACAGGACAUCGCCCGGCUCCGGGAUGACCUGCUGCAGUGCCGGGCCCAGCUGGCUGAGCAGGUACAACGGGGGCAAGGUGACUAGGUGGGCCAGAAAGGACCCAAUCCCCAGAUCUCACCAACCCUGGGGACCUCACCCCAGAGCCCAAAACUUGCUUCCAGCCUCCUCUGGCCAGCGCAGGUACCACUUUAGAGGCCACCGAAGGAAGAGUCUUGGUCCAGCUCCAUGUGACUGUCCCAGCCACCAAAAUCCACACUCGGUGCUCUAUCAACUGGACAGUUCAGGAUAACGUCAAGCCAAAGACGUCACACCUGAAGGCAGGGUGGACCGGGGACCUCACAAUCCCGUCUGCAGAUGGCUCCAGCAGACAUACCUGGACAAAGACCUGCAGGUGCAGUGACGGGUCUGUCACAUCUCCCACUCCCCAGCCCCCGGGGCCUUUGGCUUCCCUCCCCGGCCGUGUGGGUUAGGUUUCUGCAGGAAGGGGGUGCCUCCUGGCAUUUCCUCACUCCAGGCAGCUUCACGGAUAUUAUUUUUCAACCAAGGAGCAGAGGUUUCCACUGCCUCACUGGUCCUUCAGGAUGGAACAGAGGCACAGACUCAGCCCAGAGUACUCUUCAUUCUUUUUGAUCUUCCCCCAAGGUGAGAGCUUAGGCAGCUACAGAAUCCCAGGGGAAGGGUUUGGGGCCAGGGGAUUUGUUGAUGUAUCUUUUCCCCUACCUUCCCCCCAAUGUUUUCAGGGCACUCUGGUAUACACAUGGUCUUCCCUUUCCAUUUUGGGGAGUCCUCCUUGGGGUUAGGGCCUCUGUCCAGAGUGUCCCUUCUAUACGUCAUGGCCUGCAUGAGGCCAGACCUUGGCAGGAGACUGAAGGGGAAGGGCACCUGGCCUUGAUCCCAACAUCCCUGCAAAGCCCCUGCCCAGCCAGGAUGUUCUGGAAAUAGAAACUCAGGUACAACAUCACCACGGGUCAGCCUGGAAACUGCCUGCGCAGUCCCCAGACCCAUCUCUGCUGAGGAUCCAGCCUCAGUUUCCCCCACAGCAGCAUGUGGGUCCCUGUAGUCCUGCCUUCUGGUUGCUUGACAUGUGGUAUUCUGCCCUCCACUGUGGUGCUGUUGGGGGAGGGCAGCCCUGGAUUAAAGCUUUUGACUCAUCUAAGGACAUUUUCUUUGCCAAAGACAGGAGGAGGGAAGGCUGGGAGGGGAUCAGUCCCAAUUCCACAGUUUUUGGGGCAAAAGCCUACUCAGCCAUGUGGGCUAAAGCUGGGGAGGGUGGCAGACAGGCCCCCACAUGUCCUCGCAGGGUUGGAGCUGUAUCCCCAGGGAGGUGCAGAGAGGACGAAGGGCAGUGGGUGGGUGCACCAUGGUCCAUCGGGAGCCCUACUCCCUUGGACCUUGCCCUGGCUUGGAAUUCCCUAAUGCCAGAGGGGCUCUGGAGGACUGGGGGUGGGCGUACAGCAUGAACUGAGAUGCCAGGGCACCCACAAGGGAGAGCAGUGCUGUCUGGCAGGUAGAGGCCAGGGCUAUGUUAGGGUCUAACUUCAGAGGGUGUGGCCCAGACCCCCAGAGAGGGUGGGGGGACAUUGUACUCCUCCCAGAUGCUGCUCAAUUCCUCUCUGUUGCUGCCCCACCCCUUCCCUGUACGGAGGGGCCUUGAGUCUCAGUGGGGCCUCCUUUAUCUCUGUCCUGUGGCGAGUUGAACCAAGGUCCCAGGAUGGCAGGGACAGAGGUGUCAAGGGCAGGGAGAACCCUGCAAAGGCUCAGGUGACAAUCAUUUAAUUGCCGCAGGGCAAGACCAAGCUGAGGCCUGGAGCAGCUGCCCCACCCCUCCAGCUCAGCUGGCAGAGGCAGGACGGCUGGGGGGAGGUGUCUGGCCACCAACAGGCCCACAGCCCCCUGCUCCCUUUUGGGGUUGGUUUUGUGGAUUCUACCCACUAUACUCAGUCACUUCUGGGCCAGGCCAGGGAAGAGGGGCAGGCGGGGCUGGUUCAGGUCAGAGCGUCAAGGUCCACCAUGGCCAGCGGCUCCCGCCAGUAGCAGAAGUUGCUGUAUUCAGGAUUGGCCAGGUCUGUGCUGGGGCCACGGGCCACUGGCGGGAAGAGGAGCUCCACCACCUCACCGAGCCGCUCGUACCUGUGGGCAGAAUGGGAUGGAGUGAGCCUGAGCUGCCGCCAGGCCACACCCUCUGCUCUAUCAGGAGACUCUGAGUCCUGUCUGGGGGCGCCGAGCAAGGGAGGGAGUCCCGUGUGGAGAGGCUGGGCAUGGGGCCGCGGACACGUGGCAGGGUGUGGCCUCACGUGGACUUGUGGUUCUUCAUGAGCUCCUGGAUAAGCUCUCCCCGGGGAUUGACUGUGAAGAUGCGCGAUUCAGGUAGGCCCACCUGCCGGUAGGCGAUGACAUCCUAGAGCACAAAAAAGGAGGGUGGGUGAAACACACCACCGGAGGAGGGCAGGAGCUGGCCCAGUCACAGGGAGGGGCACACUCACGUUGGGCCGGUUCCCGAAGGCGGCGUAGAAGGGCUGUCCGUGGGGCAGAAACAGCUGUUGGAUGUCACUCAGGCAGGCGAUCUUGAACACCUCUGGUUUCUUCUCAAUCACCUCCCUGGGGUAGCCAGGGCCAUGGGCCAGGAGAGGGUUAGAGGGAGGGGUAGCAACCAGAAGAUGCC